AUGAUUGACUUAUGCCACGCUGAUCGAGAAGAAAAAAUAUUCAAUCGCCUGAACUCUGACUGCCAUAUCCCCGUGCCAAGCCCUACGGUUUCGCGAGCCUCAUUUGAAAGGUACAAGAAUAAUUCGAAGCGCGUGGCUAAUCUGCUGAAGCCCGCUGUUGAAAAAUAUCCAAAUUAUGAACUGGUGCAACGAUUAGAAAAACUUACUUCCAAGUACCACACCUCGGUCCCUAUAGUGAUUUCCUCGUGGCUGGGAAAGGAUGGCCUUGCGCUCCAGCUACACGACGACGAUAGACAGCUUCUUGACGAAACGCUCCUUCUCUAA